AUACACUUAACAAGUGUUAGAGGAAAAAGAUUCAGGAAGAAAAAAUGUCAAAAGAAAGAUACAUUCCAGAAGGAGGAUCUGCUUCAAGACCACCUUUGUUCACUGGAAAGAAUUACUAUUUUUGGAAAAACAAAAUGCAAUUGUUUUUAAAAUCUCAAGAAGUAGGAAUGUGGCGCAUAGUCACAGAAGGAGAUUAUGUUCCUACUGUAACUUCUGCUGAGGGAGUCAUUUCAGACAAACCUGAAGAUGCAUGGACAACUGCAGAACAACAAAAGGUACUCCUAAACUCUAAAGCUCAUUUAUUUCUAUCCUGUGCUCUAAGCAUGGAAGAAAGUGAAAGAGUAGAUGAAUGUGAUACUGCUAAAAAGGUUUGGGACACUUUACAAGUUCACCAUGAAGGAACUAGUCAUGUAAAAGAAACAAGAAUAGACAUAGGAACUAAUAAAUUUGAAACUUUUGAAAUGAUUGAAAACGAAACUAUUGAUGAAAUGUUUUCAAGAUUUACUACUAUCAUAAAUGAAUUAAGAUCUCUUGGAAAAACUUUUUCAACUAAUGAUAGAAUUAGAAAACUUUUGAGAUGUCUUCCAGUUACUUGGAGACCAAUGGUUACUGCCAUUACUCAAACUAAAGAUUUGAAAACACUUCCCAUAGAAGAUCUUAUUGGUACUUUAAAAGCUCAUGAAGUUAUUCUUCAAGGAGAUAAACCUUUAAAAAAGGAAAAAACCAUUGCUCUAAAAGCUUCUCAAAAAGAUAUAAGUUUUUUAGAAGAUGACUCUAAGGAAUUAGAAUCUACCCAAGAAGAGGCAGAAGGAGAACUAGCUCUCAUUUCUGGCAAAAUCCAACACUUAAUUGAGUCAAAAGAAAAACAUGUUUGCUCUAGUGUUUUAUCUAAGAAAAUAGAUGAAAAUGUUGUGUUGAAAAAUGAAAUAAUGGAACUAAGAAAUGAUCUCACUGGAUUCAUAAAAUCAACUGAAACUUUUCAAAACAUUAUGGGAUCACAAUCUCAAGCUCUUAACAAAAAUGACUUAGGUUUUAAUGAAGUUAAAAACAAAAUUUUUGAAAAUGUUCUUUUACCAGCAAAUAGAGAACUUAAGUUGAGAUGUUCAUUUUGUAACAAAAAUGGUCAUAAAAUUAAGGCUUGGUUCGUUUUAUUACCCGGACGACCUGAGGUGAGUAGUCUCAGAAGAUAA